UAAUGGAUAUAUAAAACAGAAACCAAUCGGCUCACUUGGACUUCAGGUAGGAUCAGACAAUCCAUCCGCAGCAAACCCAUCUGGUUACUGUUACCGACAACAUGGCUCGUAUCUUCCUUUUGACCGCCCUUGUGGCACUGGCUGCAUUGGUCAGCUUUGCUGAUGCCAAGCCCGGCAAAGUUAUUGAGCCGAGGGGAGGUGAAAUCCCACUGUCCAAGCACGAGAAGAAGAAACAACCGGGAUUCCAGAUCCAUCACAAACAUCGCGCUCCGGCCACUCUUCCCCCUUCUUUCGAUGCCCGCACAAAAUGGUCUCAGUGCAAGAGUAUUUCCGAUAUCCGUGAUCAAGGUCAAUGCGGUACCUGCUGGGCUGUUUCAUCUGCCAGCGUUCUGUCCGACCGUCUCUGUAUCGCUGAAUUGACCGCUGGCAAAACCCCAUCCCAAACCUACGUCUCGGCUUUGGAUAUUGCCACUUGCAAGGACUCUUCUCGCACUCCUGACCAAAACUGCAACCAAGGUGGCAACACUGCCAAUGCCUACAAAUGGGCUACCAUUCAGGGCUUCGUCACCGGUGGCAACCUUAACAGCAAAGUCGGAUGCAAGCCGUACCCAGUUGGCAAUGAUGGUCCCAUGCCGUUGUCCUGCUCCAAAAGCUGCACCAACAGCGGCUAUGGCAAGAGUCCUGCUCAAGAUACCGCAUACGUUGAUGGUUACUGGACUAGCUAUCUUGAUGAAAACCCAACCCAAGCCAAGAUCCAGGAAAACGUCGUCAAGAUGCAGCAAGACCUUUAUGCCAACGGCCCAAUCACCGUUUCCAUGCGCGUAUGGAGCGACUUCUCUAGCUGGAAACCAGAAAACGGUGCCUACCGCGGACCUGGUCCCACUGCUCAACGAAAGGAAGGUCACGCUGUCCGCAUCAUUGGUUGGAACACUGACAAGAACGGCGUGAAAUACUGGAUGAUUGCCAACUCGUGGGGUGUCGGUGACCAAUGGAACUCGCGUGGUGACAAGGGUGUCUACUGGAUCGAAAUGGGCAAAAACGUCGUCGGCAUCGAAGACAGCCCAACGGCUCCCAUUGUCGUUAUGCCCAACACCUGCACUGGCUUCUGCGAUUCGCCUAUCACCCAGAUUGUCCAUUUGGAUGCCAAGAAUCUGAACUCUCCCGCCUAUGCUUUCUCUGGUAACUGCACCACCCAAGUGACCGUUAGUGCUGGUGGAAAGAUCACCCCAGUCGGAUCUCCUCAACCCAUCGCUAAGGUCUUCAUCGGUGGCCCUGCUGGUCCGAUUACCAGCUGGAUGGGUGCCAACGGCCCCACUGACCCUCUGUGGAUCAUCAAUCCUCAAGGCGAAGCCGGCAACUGCCUGCCUGUUAGCGGAUCAACCAAGGUUGACUGUGGUCGCGGCACUGCCACUGCAGGAGCUGCUGCCCAGACGAUGGUCGGAUCAGACAAGAUCGCUUACUAUAACGACCAGAAGGAAUUCCUCUUCACCUUCAAGGGUGGCAGCACGAGCGGCAGCGGUGCCUACAUUGGUGAUGGCAUUAAGACCAAGUUCGCCCAAGUGAACUCCAUGGUGAAUAUUGACAACGCUAACGUGUUGCUGUGCGGUUUGGAUACGGCCGGAAAGACAGCCUGUGCAACAAUGAAGGUUUCCGAUAAAUCGGUGUCUCAACCACAACCAAUCCGAAGCCUGGUCACCAAAUGCUAAACGGUCUCAUGAUCCUACACGACUGCCGUCCCUGAUUACAACUGUGCUACAAAACGCUUUAAAAUGUGUGUUGUUCUGCACAAGAAAAAUAUCCUUUUUGCCAACUUAUUAUCGCGGUACAUCUCACUGAAGUGAUGGUACUCGUAUUUUACCGGGUUGUUUUUACUGACUAUUGCAACCGCUAAAUCGUGGUGGCGUGCUUCAACAUCACGAAUAAAACUGACACUGAA